GCGAUCAACACCACAUUCCUGCUCGACUCAGACCUGCGCUUCACUGCUGCUUCCAUUCUUGUGUCGUUGAAAGGUCAGGAUGUCAUCAAACGCGGUAGAAUCCGAAUCAGGUACAAUAUGGUAUUUGGUCCUUUCACAGGCGUUGACAAUCACAGAAAGUGCAUUACGUUUGGCGCCGGUUUGUUAGCCAAGGAGGAUGUCGAUUCCUACACUUGGCUUUUCACACGCUUCAUGCAUGCAAUGGGACGUGAACCAACAUGCAUUAUUACAGACCAAGACCCAGCUAUGCGCAUUGCAAUUGAGAAGGUAUUUUCAGCUUCCAAACAUCGGUACUGUAUGUGGCACAUUAUGUCAAAAGUGACACAGAAGGUAGGUCCGAUCUUAAGUAAUAAUGAAGCUUUUAUGUCAUCACUGAAUUCAAUUGUGUGGAGCCAUUAUCUUGACACAACCCAGUUUGAAGAUAAGUGGACAUCACUCAUGGAAGAGUAUGACUUGACAGCGCAUGAUUGGUUUUGUCACAUGUUUGAGUUGCGUAGAUGGUGGAUUCCCUCUUAUUUUAGAGAUACCUUUAUGGCCGGUUUGCUUCAUACCACCUCGCGCUCUGAGAGUGAGAAUUCCUUCUUUCGGGAAUUUACUAACCCACACUUUAGUUUAGUUGAAUUUUUCAUGCAGUUUGAGAGUGCAAUGGAUGCACAAAGGCAUAAUCAUGACAAAUUGAAUUCUGAUUCGGAGGCAUACAUUCCAGAUCUGAAGACUCCUUUAGCAAUGGAAAAGGCAGCCACAGAUGUUUUCACGCGUUCCGUUUUCUAUGACCUGCAAGUGGAAUUAUCUUCAGCGUGUUUUGCAUGUCGUGUCAUACAUGUGGAUGGCCGUGAUGGUGUUUUUGACUAUCGGAUUUGUGAC